ACAACACAGGAGUCAGAGAGAGAGAGAGUGAGAGUGUGUGUGUGCGUGUGUCCGCCUCGUCCUCGCCAUUCCAUUGUUCCUCAGAGGCCACAGAGGACAGCACACGUGAGGACUGACACACUAACCAUCCUUCUAAAACACUAAAGAGGAAUAAAACUGACCAUCCCCCUAAAACAUCCUCUUAAAACACUGACGAAGAGGAACAAGACUGACCAUUCCCCUUAAAACAUCCUCUUAAAACACUGAUCAAGAGGAACAAGACUGACCAUUCCCCUAAAACAUCCUCUUAAAACACUGAUCAAGAGGAACAAGACUGACCAUUCCCCUAAAACAUCCUCUUAAAACACUGAUCAAGAGAAACAAGACUGACCAUCCCCUAAUACAUCCUCUUAAAACACUGACGAAGAGGAACAAAACUGACCAUCCCCGUAAGACACUGAAGAGGAACAAGACCGACCAUCCUUUUAAAACACUGAGGAAGAGGAGCAAGACUGACCAUCCCCUUAAAACACUCAAGAGGAACAAGACAAGUACCGGAGAGCCAUCAACUGUGUCUCCGGGUAGUCAUGGGCCUGCCUGCUACGACCCUGCCCGUCCUGUCUGCUACGACCCUGCCCGUCCUGCCUGGCUGCUGCGGUAAUUAGCGAGGACAGGUGGAAGACGCAGCCGGUAACCAUGAUGAGCGAGGACCGGCUAGACGGGGAUGGCGCGGACGUGCUGGUAGUGGUGCCGCAGAGGACAGUGCACAUGGACGAGCUCUUCCCCGGCGCCAAGCCCCUCACGGACGCCAGCCCCGCCCGCCACAAGCAAGAGAUCUUGGCAGCAUGUGUGAUGGGCCUGAGCACCUUCUCUGGGGGCAUGCUGGAGGGCUACAUCUCCCCUGCUCUGCCAACCCUCCUCCUGGACUCUCUCGAGGCAUCGUGGCUGGGGUCACUUCUCCUGCUGGGGGCGUGCCUUGGGGCCCUUGUUUCAUCGUGGGUCAUCAGUCUGGGCAGGAGGCGGGCAGUACUGGCCUCUGCUCUUCCUCGCAUCACUGGCUGGAUCAUGAUGGCGGCAGCAUCUGACGUGUACAUGAUGUAUGGAGGCAGGUUCUUGUCUGGUGUGUCACUGGGCAUCAUCACCUCGGCCGUCCCCGUCUACAUCAGUGAGGUCGCGCACUCCUCCAUCCGGGGGGCUCUGAGCUGUGUGGUGCAGCUUGGUGUCAACAUGGGCAUCUUCACCAUGGCUCUACUGGGGACCUUUGUGGGGUGGCGGGGCCUGGCAGUGUUUGGGGCCAUCAUGGUGGUGGCGUACUUCGUGGGUACACUCUUCGUCCCCAACUCUCCUGUGUGGCUGGUGUCAGUGGGGCGGCAGGACGCUGCCCGGGAUGUUCUCACACACCUCCGUGGACCUGACUACUGUGUUGAGUAUGACCUACAGCAAAUCAUCUCCACCAAGGUUAACCAACAGACAUACACCUGGAAGGAUCUGGCACGGGAGCGGUCAUGUCUGAUGCCACUUGGCGCUGUAGGCCUGGUGACAGUGGUGAACCGUUGCUCUGGCUACAAUGCUAUCAUCACCUACUGCGCCACAUUCCUUCACCAGGCAGUGCCAGCAGUUAGUGAAUACUGGGCAGCAGCUGGUGUUACCCUCAUGCAGGUGGUGUCAACGGGGCUGGCUGUUUUGUUAGUGGAUCGCCUCGGCCGCCGCAAGUUACUCAUGGCCUCCAUCACUGCCAUGGGCAUUGGCUUGGCUACCAUUGCAAUCUGUGAGGCUGCUGUUCCAAGUGGGGCUGGGGGCAGCUGGGUGGCCGUCCUGGCAGCGGUUGUGUAUGUCAGCGCGUACUCCCUUGGUGUGGGGCCCAUCACGUGGGUGCUGGUUGGAGAGACCUUCCCUCAGGCAGCGCGGGAGAAGGCCACAGCCGUCAUCGCUGUGCUCAACUGGUUCCUGGCCUUCAUCAUCACCAAGACCUAUUUCAGCCUGGAGGCCGUGGCAGGCAUUGCUGGCACCUGCAGCCUCUAUGCCAGCGUGUGUGUGGUGGGCCUGAUCCUGGUGUACUUUUUGGUGCCAGAGACAAAGGGCCACAGCUUGAGUGAGAUUGAGGCCUACUUCACCUACUCACGGCACUCCUGGAAGGGCAUCAAGAGCAAGCACAGCGUUGCACUCAACAGUAUCCUGGAGCAGGAGACAGGAGGCUCAGACAGCUACAGUACCUUUCAAGCCAGUGAGUAGAAUAUCCAUCUCUUUUUCUCUCCUCAGACCAAUAAUGAUAAAUCUAAUAUAUAUUUAGAUAGCCAAGUAGUUAGAUGGAUCUCUGUAGUUGUGUACAACACUCUAGUGUUGUGUGUCAGCAGUACAAGUUUGUCAUGAAAGGACCACAUAGAUUAUCUGUAGUGUUGGAUUAACUUAAGUUUUACUAACAUGCUGUGGACCAAACAGACAGUCCAUAAGGUGCAGUAAUAUAUGUGAAUGUUCUCAAGAAAGUUGUCACACUUUGUGCUGUACAUUUUAUUAUAUUCUUCAAUGAACCCCAAGUCAGGUGUCACAUGGAUACAGUGCAUGAUUAUACUUGUGUCAGGGAUCUUUGGCACACUGAGUGGAGAGUAGUUGUAAAAGUUGGUUUGAAAUUGAUGAUUUUCAUUAUCAUGAACUACAUAGUUACCAUGCUAGUUCUCAAAGGUGUGUUGAUGAGUCUUGAGCUAUUCCUUCCAUAAUGUAUUCCAGCUUACUCACUGAUUAUAUUUAUUCCGCCCACUCAUUGUAUUUACUCCUCUGUAUUGACAUUGUGCAGUGUUAUAUACAAGUAGGUGUGUCUCCUCUUCUGUAUGAUGUUCAUCAACAAUGCAAUAUUUUUGUACAUCACUAGAAUAUUCAGUUUUAUUGUGAUAUGAAUUUAUGUAAUUAUGUACUAUGUAUUUUAAUUGGUAUCAGUGUUUAGUACUCAGAUUUUUCCAUUAAUACUACAUUGUGUGAGUAGUUGAAUGCCAUUGUACGUAAUUACUAACUAAGUGUUACCCAGUCCACUUCCAUCCUCACACCAUGCAAUCUAACUGACGGCCAAGCAGUCUGGCUGCCAGGAAGACUGUACUGUGUGGCACUGAGGGGUGGACUCCACAAGGCCUCUUUGAUAAUCAUACAAAGGCAGCCUUGUUUGCUGUAUUCCAAUCAUGGAUACUGGUUUUGGGGAGUAUGUAGCAUCUUGAUUUAAAGCUCAAUUUAAAAAAAGCUAUUUUAUUCAAGGUUUUAGAAUACAUAGGAUGAACCACAUGGACAGCAUUGUCACAAAUAUCUAUUGGCCGAUGUUUCCAUUUUUGCAUGAACGUUAUUUUAUACUAAUCUAGUCCUGAUGCUGAUUCAGGCGAGAAUAAAACAUCAACCAAUAAAGAUGUUUGUGCCAACACUGGUGAUAUUGUUCAUCCUAAUACAUGGAUGCAUAUAUAUAUAUAUAUAUAUAUAUAUAUAUAUAUAUAUAUAUAUAUAUAUAUAUAUAUAUAUAUAUAUAUAUAUAUAUAUAUAUAUAUAUAUAUAUAUGGCAUGCACCAAAUAGUAUAUAAGGUAUCGGGGACUCAAAUACAAAUUUCUCAUAACAUACUUAAUUCACUGUUUGUUGCAAUUUUAACUGUGAUAAUGUGAUAAGUUAGCUGAAUGUAUGUUUGUUUUACUGUGUGUGUGUGUGUGUGUGUGUGUGUGUGUGUGUGCACUGUAUGCACUCAAGUGGUAUUGCAUUCAGUUGUUAAGAGAGCAGAGAGAGAGUGAGAGAAAGCACAAGUCUUUUUGAAUGUUUAGAAGGAUGGAACAAUGUCUACCAAUGAAAAAUAAAUACUGCUUAUGAA